AAUCUUGAUCCUUUUAAUAGUCACACUGAUGAUGAUGUAUGGAGAGCAUUAGAAACUGCUCAUCUUAGUGAGUUUGUAGGAGGACUAGCAGAAGGAUUGGAGUACCCUGUAGCUGAAGGAGGAGAGAAUCUGAGUGUUGGUCAGCGUCAGUUAGUGUGUCUUGCUCGUGCUUUACUUCGUAAGACAAAGAUAUUAGUACUUGAUGAGGCGACAGCUGCAGUUGAUCUAGAAACUGAUGAUCUAAUUCAGAAAACCAUACGUAAAGAGUUUGCUGGUUGUACUGUACUGACUAUAGCUCACAGACUAAACACUAUCAUGGACUAUGACAAGAUAAUGGUACUUGAUGCUGGUUGUAUUUCAGAGUUUGAUAGUCCUAAUGUAUUGCUGGAGCGUCGUGGCCUGUUCUAUGGGAUGGCUAAAGAUGCUGGUCUUGCCUAACUUUUGGUCUAUUUUUUAAAGAAUUUUAAAAAACUCAUGACUUAUGCAUGUUUUUUAUAGUUUGCUUAUAGAUAUAAAUGUACAUGUAGUGGUUUAUUAUUUGCAUUCUUUUAUUUUUUUGCAUGAUAAAGAGUAUUGCUUUUCAGAACUUCAAUCAGAA